AUGGCUUCAUCUCCUUUGAGAUCAAAAUCCUUCUACCAUGCUCGUUCUGUCAGCCUGCCUUCUACACUUCACCCUGUCAUUCCUCACUUCGAUGAGCAUUUGGGGCUAAGUGGCCUUGAAAACAUGUAUGAUCGUUUGGACGAUUUGCUUCUAUUGCCACACACUCAACAAUCUUUUGCUCAACAACGUCAUGAGAAAUGGGUUGAAGUUGUGCUGGAAAAGUAUCUAGGGCUGUUGGAUGUGUGUGCUACCAUUAAAGAUGUAUCCUCACAAACAAAGCAAGAUUUACAAGGCCUUCUUUCAAUCCUACGCAGAAGAAGGGAGGCGAAUGACUUUUCAGAGUUCUUAAAUUCAAAAAAGAAGGCAAAGAAGGUGAUCCAAAAGUCCUUAAAGGAUUUGAAGAGUAUCAAAACCAAGCACACCGUCGUAGUUGUUGGCAAAAGCCGGGAAAUUUUGGACUCGCUGAAUGAGGUUGAAGCAGCCACUAUUGGGGUGUUCGAGACAUUGUUGUCCUAUAUUUCACGGACAAAGGCAGAGUCAAGAUUUUCUUCGGUUUCCAAACUCAUGCCCCGAAAGAGUGUUGCAUCCAAAGAUGAAGAAACAAAGAGUAACGUGUUCGACAAAUUUGAUGCUGCAUUGCACUCGCUCAACAAUCUUAAGAUGAGCAAAUUUGAUAAUACAAUGCAUGUUGAGAAAGUGCAACACCAGUUGGGGAUGAUGGAGUCAAGCAUUCAAGAUAUCGAAGAAGGACUUGACUGUUUAUUCAGACGGUUAAUCAAAACGAGAGUUAUCCUCCUCAACAUUCUCAACCACUAG